CUCUCUCUCUCUCUCUCUCUCUCCAUCUCCUCCUCUCCCAUGGCGACUUCGACCCCGGUCAAAACCCCAAACCCUAAGACCCAACCCUCCUCCGUCCUCAGGCCGAGAACGGCGGCGCCGCCGCCGCAACCUCACCCGAUCGACCACGCCGCCUCCGUCUCCGCCGCGGCGGCGGCGGUGCCGGAGUUCAAGUCGCGGUUCGAGGCCUACAACAGGCUCCAAGCGGCGGCGGUGGCGUUCGGGGAGAAGCUCCCGAUCCCGGAGAUCGUGGCCGUCGGUGGCCAAUCGGACGGCAAGAGCUCGCUCCUGGAGGCGCUCCUCGGGUUCCGCUUCAACGUCCGCGAGGUGGAGAUGGGCACGCGGAGGCCCCUCGUGCUUCAGAUGGUCCACGACCCCUCCGCACUCGAGCCCCGGUGCCGAUUCCAGGAUGAAGAUUCAGAAGAAUACGGGAAUCCGUUGGUUUCAUCUUCUGCGAUUGCCGAUCUUAUAAGAUCCCGAACAGACUCUCAUCUGCGAAAGAUUCAAGCAGCAGUUUCGUCGAAGCCAAUAGUGAUGAGAGCAGAAUAUGCUCACUGCCCUAAUCUCACCAUCAUUGACACUCCCGGUUUUGUUCUCAAGGCUAAGAAGGGCGAACCUGAGGACACACCCAAUGAGAUAUUGUCGAUGGUGAAGUCCUUAGCAGGCCCGCCCCAUCGGCUUCUUCUCUUCCUCCAGCAGAGCAGUGUGGAGUGGUGUUCUUCGCUUUGGUUGGACGCUGUUCGUGAGAUUGAUCCCACUUUUAAGCGGACAAUUAUCGUCAUCUCUAAAUUUGACAAUAGAUUAAAGGAAUUCACUGAACGGUGGGAAGUCGAUAGCUAUUUGAGUGCAAGUGGUUACCUUGGAGAUAAUACCCACCCAUAUUUUGUGGCUCUGCCCAAAGAUAGGGGGACUAUCUCUAAUGACGAAUUCCGCAGGCAAAUUUGCCAGGUAGAUUCAGACAUAUUGCGCCACCUACGCGACAACAUCAAAGGAGGUUUCAAUGAAGAGAAAUUUGGAACCUAUGUUGGCUUUAGCUGUCUCAGAAAGUACUUAGAAUCUGAGCUUCAAAAGAGGUACAAAGAAGCAGCUCCGGCGACCCUUGCCUUACUAGAGCAGAGAUGCAGUGAAGUCUCCUUGGAGCUUUCUCAGAUGGAGUCGAAAUUGCAUGCAACUUCUGAUGUUUCUCAUCUUAGGAAGUCGGCGAUGCUGCAUGCUGCCUCUAUUUGCCAUCAUUUGGGUGUGCUAAUUGAUGGAGCUGCUGAUCCUGCUCCAGAGCAAUGGGGAAAAACUACAGAAGAGGAACAAAAAGAGAGUGGUAUUGGGAGUUGGCCAGGUGUCACCGUUGCAGUAAAGCCUCCUAAUUGUACUCUCAGGCUUUAUGGUGGAGCUGCAUUUGAGAGGGUAAUGCAUGAAUUUCGUUGUGCAACGUACUCAAUAGAAUGCCCACAAGUGUCAAGGGAGAAGGUUGCAAAUAUACUACUUGCUCAUGCUGGAAGAGGUGGAGGCCGUGGAGUGACAGAGGCCGCUGCUGAAAUAGCACGUGCCGCUGCGCGAGCGUGGCUUGCUCCUCUUCUUGAUACUGCCUGUGACCGACUUGCCUUCGUUUUACAGAGCCUUUUUGACCUUGCAAUGGAGCGUAAUCGUGUUCAGAACUUGGAACGUCGGCAAAAUAACAGGGACAUGGAUGGAUACAUCGGCUUUCUUGCCUCUCUACGACGCUCAUAUAACAACUUCAUUCUCGAUCUCUCCAAGCAAUGCAAGCAACUGGUGCGACACCACCUUGAUGCAGUCACUAGCCCAUAUUCUCACAUCUGCUACGAAAAUGAUUUGUUAGCUGGGAUCGGAUCUAGUUCGAACUCAAUUUACAGAUUGAAUCAGCUUCCAACAGCAGCCUAUUUCGACUUAUCGGAAGGUGCUGCAGCACCACAAAUUGAAAUGCAAGUCACAAAUCAGGAGAACAUACCACCAAAAGAUCAACAACAAACACCACCCGGUAAAGGAACCGAAUCGAAGGAAGUGCUUAAGGAAAGCCAAAUGACGGUUCCCGAGACGCCCUCACCCGACCAGCCGAAUGAUCCCUAUGUCGCGAAUAAGAAAGAGAACGGUAACUUAAUGGAAGCUAACGGAAGAAAAAGACACGCAAGGAUGGUGACGUAUGGAAGAAAUUCGGAUGCAAAUAGAAACCAAACCAAUAUCUUGUUCGGCGGCAACGAUUUUGGCUCAAAAUCCGGGUCGUCGUACUCCAAUAUCUGUUCAAUAUCCUCUCAAUAUUUUGCAAGAAUGCGUGAAGUUCUAAUUGAAAGAAAUGUACCCUCGGCCUUGAACUCAGGAUUCUUAACCCCAUGUCGAGAAAGGCUGUUCUUGGCGCUGGGCUUGGAUUUGUUCGCGGUGAGCGACGAAAAGUUCAUGGACAUGUUCGUGGCGCCCGGCGCGAUCGAUGUUCUUCAGAGCGAGUACCAGUCUCUUCACAAGAGGCAGAAGAUCUUGCAGUCUUGCUUGAGUGAGUUCAAAAACAUAUCGCGGGCACUGUAAUGUGUGAGUUCUUCGAUUUCGCGGCUUUAUAAUUCAAAUGAUUGAGACAGGAAUUUCACUUGUUGUAUUGUGGCUUUCAUCCUUUUACUGUAUCAGCGUUUCGUUCAAUAAUUUUCACAAUGUCAAAUUACCUUUGACAUAUAAGAUAGUGUAGU